AUGUUCAUGAUCAUUCGAGAGCCGACCGCCGCAGGAGGCGGUGCUGGAGCCAUGAGCGCGCCAACGGAGAGGAGUGCAAAACAGGUGCAGGCCGCCAUCAAGAAGAAGCUUGAGAAGCAGAAGAAGCGAACCGGCGAUGGCGGUGUUGCAGACAUUCAAACUGCUGCACCUCUUCGCCAGCUGAAAUCCACUCAGUUUCCCCAGAUGACAGCGGCGGCCGCUGAGGACAGAGAGAUGCUGGACGAGGAGCUGGAGGAGCUGAUGGAGGGACGACAUGGGAGAGAGAAGGAGAAAGAGGAGGAGGGGGAGCCUGUCGACCUGCUGCCCAUCGUGGACUCUGUGUUCGGACAGGACAGAGAGCUGAGACCAGAGGAGAUUGACGAGCUCCGUGAGGCAUUUGUGGAGUUUGAUAGAAACAAAAAGGGCUACAUCAGUCACAAGGACCUGGGGGAGUGUAUGAGGACGAUGGGAUACAUGCCGACAGAGAUGGAGCUCAUCGAACUGAGCCAGCAGAUCUGUGGAGGUAAAGUGGACUUUGAGGACUUUGUGGAGCUGAUGGGACCCAAGAUGUUGGCUGAGACCGCAGACAUGAUCGGAGUCAAAGAACUACGAGAUGCAUUUAAAGAGUUUGACGCUAACGGUGACGGCCAGAUCAGUUUAACAGAGCUGCGUGAGGCCAUGAAGAAGCUGAUGGGAGAACAGGUCACCAACAGAGAGAUCAAUGAGAUCCUCCGAGAUGUCGACCUCAACGGAGACGGCCUGGUGGACUUUGAGGAGUUUGUGCGAAUGAUGUCCCGCUGA